AUGUCGUCUUUCACCGUCUCUUCGGCGUCGCGCGUCACCGCGCGCGCCGCGACGCGCGUCGCGUCGACGCGCGUCCGCGCGAAAACCUCAAAGUUCGCGUUCGCCGGCGAUCGUCGCCCACGCCGCGACGUCGCGCGCUUCGCGAGCGCCGCGGGCGGCGCCGAGGGCGCGGACCCGUACGCCGUGCUCGGCGUCAAGCCGGACGCGGACGCGCUGGCGGUGAAGAAGGCGUAUAACAGCAAGCAAAUGCUGUACAAGGGCGAGGGCGACAAGCUCGCGGCGGUCGAGCGGGCGUACGAAGCCAUCCUGCAAGCUGGCCUGAGCGCGCGAUUGAGCGGCAAGGGCGCGGUUGACACGAACGUGCGAUUCGCGGAUAAGGUGAUCCGAUCGAAGUGGGCGCCGCGACCGUGUCCGUCGCCGAUGAAGGACGUCGUGGUCAAUUACGGAUUGACGAUGGGGUGCGCGCUCGUCACGCUGGUGACGCCGCCGAACAUGCGAACGCUGCAAGUGACCAUCUUCGCCGCGCUUUUGAUGGUGUUCAGGUUCUUUGUGAAACUCGUGGACGUCGAUCCGGGUCCUAACGCCGUGCUCGAUCCGCCGGCGGCGCAAAAGCAUAACAACGCGAGAUUUGCGAGAUCCUUCGGCGUCGUCUUGGGGACGUUUGUCGCCACGUUGUUCGUCACGUUUUGGUUGCCGCAGUUCUUCAUCGAGGUGUUGGGGCUGACUGUGCCGGCGUGGGUCAUGUUGCACCAGGAAGUUUUCGUGAGCUCUGCGUGCGGGUUCGUCUUAGCGUCGCUCGUGAGCUUUUAUCGAUGA